GUUUGUUUACUCCACUUCCACGCAGUCAAUUCGUCUCCUCAAUUAGACGGCUCUCGUUAUUGGCUCGUUGAUUGAGUAAUGGAUUUCGAUCCUAGCAUUGAAGAGCUCUCUAAUGAUUUGCUCUUCGUCGUUUGUGCCCGUUGUGGCGAGGAGAAACCGGAGAGUCACUUCACAGCAAAAAGACAGUCUGCUGGGCCAACUAAGCAAUGCAUAGACUGCCGUAAGCAGCGCGUUGCCCAUAUCCAAACUCACGCUCCAGACGCUGCGGAACAUCGCUGUUCAUCCAUCCUCACCCGAGAGAACCGCCGCGAAGAGAACCGAUGGAGAUGCUGGCCUGUCGCCUACUAACGAGAGAUCCGGAACCCAGCCUACAUCGCCAGAGAAGUUACGACGACUUCAUGCAGAUAGGACGUUAUUCGGAGAGUCAACUAGCCAGCCGCAGGUAGCGCUGGGGACGCCAAUUCCAUCAGCCCAAGAAAGCGUGCGGUUCUUCCGCACUCUCGCUCCCUCACCUCCCGUGCAGCCAAUGACCCAUCCAAUCGCCUCACAUUCUGAUCCAUCUACUGUCCGAAGCAGCCCAACUGAUGUGGGCUACUACUACCUGGCUUCUAGAUUCCACAAGGGUGGGAAGAACUCACAAGAUGAUCCCCCCAAGGCCGGGG